AUGGGCUCUGUGUUGCAUCAGAAUUCCAGCGCUGUGCGCAAGCGUAUCCAGAACCAUCAGUUCGAAGAUGAGGGUGGCGAAGAAUACGAGGCCUCCACCUUCGGUGGCUUCAGCGAUUAUAUGCGCAGGAAGAAGCUCAAACUACAGAAUCUGGACGCUGAAAUACGCUCUGCUUCUGAGAACCCCCCCAUCUUCCGAGGCGUGGUUGCGCACGUGAAUGGCUAUACGCAACCGUCGCUCCAGGACCUCCACAAAUUGAUCGUCAGCCAUGGCGGUGGUUUUCUUCAGUACCUGAGCGGCAAGACCGAUGCUACGCACAUCAUCGCCAGCUCACUUACCCCCAAGAAACGGGAGGAGUUUCGAAGGUACCGCAUUGUGAAACCGGCUUGGGUAGUGGAAAGUGUCCAGGCGGGCCGCUUGCUUCCUUGGGAUCAGUUUCGGGUGGUGGAUGAGGGACAUGCACAGAAAGUCCUGAAGUUCGAUAAUGGCCGUAUGCUCAGCCAGAUCAACAGCCCGCAGUCGGGCUAUCGGGAGCAGAGUAUGACCAGUUGGUACACCUCUCAGCUUCAGGCAGCAGAUAGGACUAGUCCUGUGGGAUCUCCUUCAAGACACCCUGCGGGUACCGUGGUGCCCGAGAACCAACCCAACACGGCCUCGCAGUCGGACUAUGGCGACUUCCCUAGUUUCUCCAUGGACGACGCAGGUAGCCUUCCUCCCGUGUCGCAACAAACCAAUGUACUAUCUUCUCCCCGGGACCGUGAAUCCAGACAGGAUGAACCUCGUAAUGAUAUCGCUUCUCCACGGCCAGAAGUUUCGAAGACCAGGUCGCCAACGGCUCAACAAGCUAGUCCCUCGAAACCAGGAAUGACGUCCGAAGAGUACAAUGCUCAGUUAUUGACGGAUUCCCGCAUGCGCAAUUCCAGUGCAGCCAACCCCGAGUUCAUCCAACAAUACUACAAAGAAUCCCGACUGCAUCAUCUGUCGACGUGGAAGGCCAAUCUCAAAGCCCAGCUCCAAUUGGCAGCCACGGAGAAAUCGCAAUCCCAGGCCAAGCGCGCAAAAGCUGCACCUGGCGCCAGACGAUAUAUCAUGCAUGUGGACUUCGAUUGCUUCUUUGCCGCUGUGUCGACAUUAAAACACCCUCACUUGGAAGGAAAGCCAGUGGCGGUGGCACAUGGUACUGGGUCAGGCUCUGAGAUUGCGAGCUGCAACUAUGCGGCACGCGCUCAUGGGAUUAAGAACGGGAUGUGGAUGAAAGGCGCUCUACAAGCGUGUCCUAGCUUGCAGGUCGUGCCUUAUGACUUUCCAGCCUACGAGGAAGCAAGUCGGAGGUUCUACGGUGCCAUCCUCGCCAUAGACGGGAAUGUGCAAAGUGUGAGCAUCGAUGAAGCGCUUGUGGAUAUCACAACGCAGUGCUUAGAGGCUGGAGGCUCAGACGGGCGAGGCGUAUCCGAGGGUUCUAUCUACCGGGAACAAGCCAAAGCCGAUGAAAUCGCGGAAGCGUUGCGGGCGACCGUGAAGGAGCAGACGGGCUGCGCAGUAUCCGUGGGCAUUGGAGGCAAUAUCCUACUGGCCAAAGUCGCUUUGCGAAAAGCUAAACCGGCGGGUCAGUUCCAGUUGAAACCCGACGAAGUCCUCGAGUUAAUAGGCGGGCUCACGGUGCAAGGUCUCCCGGGUGUCGGCCACAGCAUGGGCGCCAAACUCGAAGAGCUGGGCGUCAAAUACGUGAAGGAUGUUCGCGAGCUGACUCGGGAAAGACUGACCUCCAGCCUGGGUCCCAAGACGGGCGUCAAACUCUGGGAGUACGCCCGAGGAAUCGAUCGGACGGAGGUUGGCAACGAGACGAUACGUAAAUCCGUCUCCGCCGAAGUCAACUGGGGGAUCCGCUUUACCAAUCAAACGCAGGCCGAAGACUUCAUCCGGUCACUGUGCGACGAAUUGCACAAACGACUAGUCGAGAAUCUCGUCAAGGGCAAACAACUGACGCUGAAGGUGAUGCGGAGAGCGGCCGACGCGCCAUUGGAAGCAGUCAAGCACCUGGGGCACGGGAAGUGCGACAUCCUCAACAAAAGCGCCAUGCUGGGCGUAGCCACCAAUGCAUCCGAGAUUCUAGGCAAAGAGACGGUGGCGAUGCUCCGCAGCUUCGGGAUCUCACCUGGCGACCUGCGAGGGCUGGGCGUUCAAAUGACCAAACUCGAGCCUCUCAAGCCAGGGGGUUCUCCACGCAAGCCGGACGGCAGCCAGCGCCAGCUGAACUUCAAGCCAUCACCCAUCCGCAAGAGCAUCGAGCGUGCCGCCGACGACCCAGACGAGGACGACGUAGACAGUCCGCGUCGAGGCGAGAGCGAGACGGUGCGAUCGGUCCCCUCGAUACACGAGAGCGGACACAAGCCGCUGAACAUGAGCGGCACGCAAUUCAUCCUCCCGUCACAGAUCGACCCGCAAGUCGUGGCCGAGCUCCCCAACGACAUCCGCGCAAAACUAGUAGCGCAGGGGCGGUCCCGAUCCCGACGGGAGUCCCUCUCCCCAUGCCCACCCUCACGCCCGCGCACAAGACCACCAGACGUACGCGCAGCGGAGCUCCCCCCGCAAUCGCAACUGGACCCAGAAGCCCUAAUGGCAUUACCAGAGGACGUCCGCGCCGAAGUACUAGGAUACUACACACGCGACGCAAGCACAGGGGCCUCCGCCUCACCAGAACCAUGGACGACCGCCGCGCGCCCAACCACCUCCAGCUCAUCGAGCUCGCUCAAACUCCGCAAGCCGACCACGCCGACAAAACGACGACGCGGCCGGCCUCCGAUCAUCAAAUCCAGCCUACCGACAACACUAACACAAGCCAAAUUCGUCCUCCCACCAGCACCACCAGCACCCACCACAACAGAAACCCCCCAACCGGGAGUAUCAGUCUCAGACGGGAUAUCCGCAGACUUCCUCGCCGCCCUCCCAGAAGACAUCCGCCAAGAGAUCCUAAACGAACAGCGCCGAACGCGCCUCCUCCAACGCCCAGCCCUCCACCCAUCCGCGCACGCAAAACCACCCACAUCCACAUCACCGAGAAACACCAACACAAACCCAAACCCAAACCCCCCACCCAGAGAAAAAACCCUCCGUCUCCCACCCCUCCCGCCACGCCCUACCUUCACCUCCAACCGCCUCACCUCCCUCCCUGACCUCCGUAACGCAAUCAAAACGUGGUAUACGGCUUUCAGUCCCGCCCAAACCUCCCCCUCUAUCACCCGCUCAGAAGAAGAAGGUGAAGAAGAAGAAGAAGGUCCACUGGAAGAAGACACCACCUCCCUCGCUCGAUACCUAAGGCGGGUAGUGCUCGAGGAGAGGGAUCUCGAUAAGGCGGUUUCGGUGGUGCGGUGGUUUGCUUGGUUGGUUGAGAGUGAUUAUCCCUUCGCUCUUCAAGGUCACGGGGAGGGGGAAGGGGAAGGGGAAGGAGAGUCUGGUUCUGGGUCUAGAUCUGGGGUAGAUUCUCAGGAUGAUGCGUUCAAAACGCCGAGUCCGAGUGGGAAGGUUAGUCGGCGUGAUGGAAAUCCUGCUAGUUCGCAGGGCUUGGGGCGGAGGUGGGGCGCUGCGGUGCGGGUGGUUAGGGAGAGUGUGCUUCUGGCGGUGCGGGAGAGGGGGUUGGGGGAUGUUGAGUUUUGA